AUGGCAGCACGACAGCCCCGACAAGCGCCCCAGCCCGUCAUCCUCCCGCCCGCGACGCCCUCGGAGCUGCUCCAGCACGUCAUUGCCCGCACCACGUAUCCCACAACCGUGGUCAUAGCCUGGCCGCGGGACCAGUUCCUCAACGCGCUGGCCCAAGACGUCCGCCAGUCCGCCCGCGCCAGACGCGCCGACGGCGAUGCAGACGAAGCCGCCCAGCAUCCCCUGCUCCACGCCUCGCUCGCCCAGACCGCCGUCUCCCGCCACAUCAACCUGGUCUUCGCGCCCACCGUGGCCCAUCUCCGCGCGUACCUGUCGACGUUUUCGCAGAGCGACAUCAAGACGCCGCCGCCGCCGGCGUCGACGCCCCUCGAGGUGCCGCCGCUGCUCCUGGUGUACGGGCACGUGGAGCUGCAUCGCCACGGGACCCAGUGGUCGGCGCAGGGGCUGGGCUUUUCCACGGCCGUCCUGGUGGAUGGCGCGAUGCGCAAUUCGCACCGGGCGGCGAUUGUCGAGCCGAGACGCACGGGCAGCACUGACGAGUUGGAGCAGCUGCUAGAGCAGACUUUGCCGAUCCUCACGGGGACCGUUUGCAAAGACGAUGGAUCCUGGGCUGGGCCCGUUGUCGCCCUAGGACGGCUGCUGAGCAGUUGGUUCGAGGUAGAUGCAAAAGCUCAAGUUGCAUGA